CGCUCUCGCGCAGUGACGCGCUCCAGCCCACCUCUUCCCGCCCCUCGCUGUGACAAUCGCCCGUGCUGCCAGUGGGGGAGCGCGUGGCUGCGAACCCUGUGACAGUGGCGACCCGCUGCCGACGAGCACCUGAGACCACAGCGGAGCGGCUCGCAAACCUGCCCGGCAAGAUCGGGGGCGAGAAGCUGCAUCUACCUCCAGCAACCAGGUAAACGUGACGCCUGCUCCUGCCGGGCAAGUGCCGCGGGGGGAAGCGACCGACAUUCGUGCUGAAUGCUUUGAAGAGUCAAGGAUCUUAAUCCAACACUGUCCACCUCCAAUUCUGAUUAUCACAUUUACCAGAACUGUUUGAUUUUCAGUUCCAAAUUUGAUGCACGAAUGUCUGUAUAUGUCUGUGAAGAUUUUCCUUAUAUGUAGGAAAUACAGCAGUUCCCAUUGGAGUUUUCAAUUCUCUGAGAAUGCCAAAAGAAUGUGGGGGAAGAGAUUGAAUGUAUUUUUAAAAAGGAUCAAGAAUGGUGGAUACACAAUUGCCUCUAUGGCCCAUCAACUUUGCUAUGGGUACAAUGGACAUUUCAGAACUUGCCAAUCACUCUCAUUCCUUCGAUGUAAAGCCAUUUGCUACUGUAGAUCUUUCCACGGUUUCUGCAGUUAAUUAUGAAGAUCAUACUUCAACCUCUUUAAGAAUUGACGAGAAUUCUUCAGACUGUAAAUAUGACGAAAGAUUUCUGGACUACCAAAGUGCUAUUAAAGUUGAAGCAUCUUCCUUGAAUGAUAAUUCAGGAAAAGAGCUUUCAUUUGCAAGGUUACAAGAAGAUACAUCAAAUUCAGGCCUGUCUAUUGAAUGUAGAGUGUGCGGAGACAAGGCCUCGGGUUUCCAUUAUGGGGUCCAUGCAUGUGAAGGAUGUAAGGGAUUUUUCCGGAGAACAAUCAGGCUGAAGUUGAUGUAUGACAAAUGCGAUCUAAACUGCAGGAUUCAGAAAAAAAACAGGAAUAAAUGUCAGUACUGCCGGUUUCAGAAAUGUCUCGUUGUGGGCAUGUCGCAUAAUGCAAUUAGAUUUGGCAGAAUGCCACAAGCUGAAAAGGAGAAACUCCUGGCUGAAAUAUCCAGCGAUGCAGAACAACUGAACCCUGAAUCUGCUGAUCUCCGUGCUCUUGCCAAGCAUAUGUUUGAGUCAUACAUUAAGGUUUUUCCUAUUACCAAAGCUAAAUCUCGAGCAAUCAUGGCUGGUAAAACAGGAGACAAAUCGCCAUUUGUCAUUUAUGACAUGAAUUCAUUAAAGGCUGGAGAAGAGCGUAUCAAAUUCAAACAAACACCACUGCAAGAGCAGAACACAGAGGUAGAAAUCCGAAUUUUCCAACGUUGUCAAUUCCGUUCAGUGGAGGCUGUAAGGGAAAUCACUGAAUUUGCAAAAUCUAUCCCAGGAUUCAUAAAUCUUGACCUAAAUGACCAAGUGACUCUUCUUAAAUAUGGUGUCCAUGAGGUCAUAUUCAGUAUGUUGGCUUCCUUGAUGAAUAAAGAUGGACUUCUGAUUGCCUCUGGCCAGGGUUUCAUGACCCGUGAGUUUUUAAAGAGCCUAAGAAAACCCUUUUGUGAUAUCAUGGAGCCCAAAUUUGAAUUUGCCAUGAAAUUCAAUGGUUUGGGGCUGAACGACUGUGACAUCGCAAUAUUCAUUGCUGUCGUCAUACUCAGUGGAGAUCGACCUGGAUUGCUAAAUGUUAAACCAAUUGAGGAACUACAAGAUAGCAUCCUUCAAGCACUUGCCCUUCAACUUAAGAUAAACCAUCCAGAUUCACCACAGUUGUUUGCAAAGCUACUUCAAAAAAUGACUGAUUUAAGACAGAUUGUCACUGAGCAUGUCCAGCUCCUGCACACUAUCAGGAAAACGGAGGCAGAAAUGAGUCUUCACCCACUCCUGCAAGAAAUAUACAAGGACUUGUAUUAGAAAGCAUUCUCUUGAACCGUGUUCAAAUAAAAAUCCCUUUCUCAAAUUGCACUGUUUCCUUGUCCAGUAUAACAACAAAAACUUGAGAGUGGUGGCUUAGUUGGGCACUCAAGCAAUAGUUGGCAGAUUUGCACACGACUCUGUUAUACACAAGAAAAACAGGCAUAAAUGUUGAGGAUUUUCUGUACUGGUGAUGUUGUCUUUUGGAGAUGUGACUGAAUAAUGUGCAGAAUCGUUUAAGUGCCUUCAAAAUUGUUUAGUCUAUGAAAGGUUUUGAGAAAUGUCGAAAAAACAGUUGAGAAUAAAGACUAAAAGUCUUGUGUUACAGUUUAACUUGUCAUUUUUCUGGCAACCAACUUUGUGAUCUUUCAGGAUUGUAUGUACUGACCAUUAUUAUCAUGAUAGUUGAAACUUCGCUGACACUGUUUAGAUGAGCGCUAGUGGCAGUUAUUAUGCAAGCAGUUCAAUUGGCAAAUUGACAUAAUACAGAGUAUUAAAAUUCAUAAAAUUGGCUGAAGUUAGUAAAUGUAUUAAUUUACCAAGCUCCAUUCAGCACCAUAUCUUCUGUAUUUUUAAGCAAAUGUUUGAAGCUUGUGUUUUAAGCUGUUCCUACCAUGUAACUUUGCAACUGGAUGGAUCUAUCACUCAUAAGAGAGAGAAGUAUUCUAAAUGAACAUUCUUAGUUCUCAAUUAACAAUGUGAAAAUUAAUAUUGUGUACUGUUGUAUAAUGUACCAACAGCAAAACAUAGCUACACUGGAUUCUCUAAAAGAACAGAAAAAUGUAAAAUCUCUUAGUAUACAAAAUAAUGACCUAAAAUGAAUCAAAACCUGAAAUAAAAGAAUCCUAAAAGACUACAUUAAAUUCAUUAAAAGUACAAUUUGAGAGCAUGGUAAUAGACACUUUCCAAAUAUUAUUACAAAUAUGUGAAUUAUAAUUAUUUACAUUACGGUGUUGAUCUAAUGCAAAUUGUAUAAUCAUCCAUCAAAUUCAUUAUUUAACAAGUACAGAUAAAAUAAAGUAAAGAUAAGUAAAAUAAAUAAAGUAAAGAUAAGUACAGAUAAGUAAAAAUAAAACUUUAAAUCCUAAGAUAUCUGAAACCCCUUUGCUUAUUUUGACAUUUUUACCAAAUGAGAAUUAAGGGGAAAAUUCUAAUAUCAGAAUAAAAUCUUGUUCCAUGAUUUUUCUCCCCAUUCUGCCCCAUUUAUGUGGAUUUCCUUAAAGGAUCAUUGUAUUUUGAAUUGUCAUCUUGAUGAAUAUUUGUGAUUCUUAUGUGUUUUACUCAAUAUAUAGGUUGCCAGUGUUAUAUUUCCAAACAUUUUAUAUCAUUAAACUGGAUCAGUCUUCAGAAAAUAUUAUGGUUUAGAAUACUGAUUGAUAAAUAAUCAAACUGAUAUAAAUACUGGAAUUGUUUUUGUAUGAAAAGAAUGUGAAAACAAGAUGAUAAAAAAAGUACUUUCAAUUUUAAUAUCCUUAUUUCAAAACAAAACAAGCCACAUUAAUACAAUUGUUCCUCUUGCGUCCAGUUUUCCAGAAGACCAUAAGUCAUAGGAGUGGAAGUAGGGCCAUUCAGCCCAUCGAGUCCACUCCGCCAUUUAACCAUGGCUGAUGGGCAUUUCAACUCCACUUCGCUGCGCUCUCCCCAUUGCCCUUGAUUCCUUGUGAGAUCAAGAAUUUGUCAAUCUCUGCCUUGAAGACAUUUAAUGUCCCGGCCUCCACUGCGCUCCGUGGCAAUGAAUUCCUCAGGCCUACCCCUCUCUGGCUGAAGAAAUGUCUGUUCAUUUCCGUUUUAAACUUGCCCCCUCUAAUUCUAAGGCUGUGCCCACGGGUCCUAGUCUCCCCACCUAAUGGAAACAACUUCCCAGCGUCCACCGUUUCUAACCCAUACAUUAUCUUGUAAGUUCCUAUUAGAUCUCCCCUCAACCUUCUAAACUCUAAUGAAUACAAUCCCAGGACGCUCAGCCGUUCAUCGUACAUUAAACCUUCCAAAGAAGCAGGACUAAAGCUGAGAGGGCAAUUGGACCAAGUGUAAUCCAGACCCCAUUUUAAAAUAAAAUAUUUUGUCUUUUAUAUUACUGUGCUAUUGUUAAUUCUUAUUUACACAUUUGUAAUGGAAAUUUUCCAUUUUCACCUGUUGUACUUACAUUCCUUCUACCAACUGGGCUGCAGCAGUUCCACCACUGAGACAAAACUAGUUACGUGAUAAGUUUGUGCAGUGUUUGUACAGAUAAUAUUUAAUCUGUUUCAGUGAUUUUAUAUAUAUCAUUGAUUUGAAUUAUAAGUGCUGAUGAAAUCAUAAAGAAUACAACAAUUAGUGAGAAAAUUGAUAUGAACAAAACUGCUGACUUAUCUGAUUAAGGAUUUAUCUAUUCAAUAAAUAACUUCCAACCCUUCAUUCUAGACAACCAAUAUUCAAUAAGCAGUGUGCUCAAGAAAAUGUUAAUGAUUUUAUCGAUUUUUUAGAAGGCUAUAUUAGUGAGAUGACCUUUAUUUUAAAUAAAUUUGUACAAAAUGCAUUAAUCUCUAAUUUGUUACCACAAAACCCUUUCUAUAUUAAAUAAGUGGUAAUCUAAAAGAUGCCUAGCUAUUAGUACAGAAUAUUCUAACCAAUGCCGCUAUAACUUGUCAUUCAUUUCAUUGUUAUUUUUUGGGACCUUGGUAAGUGCAAUAUAGCUCUGCAUUUAGUCACAUAACAGUAAUGUUUCAAUGUUAUUAAUCCAAUGUGGAGUAUUUUGUUCUGUUUCUAAGAGGGAUUCAUUAAAUGCAAGUAUUUAUAGAAACAUUUCAUAUAUACAUAAAUUUGAUAAGGGUUAAGAAUGUAUGAAUUUCUUCUAGAGCUGGUGUGCAUUUAUGGGGAUAUUAGAUAGCCCCUCUGUUUAGGAACAUUUUCUGCAUGAGCCAACAGAAAUGAUUGUGCAAAUUAUCUGGCAAAAUUAUUUGCCAUAUAUUUAUGAUAUAUUGAACAGCCAGUAAAAGGCAGCCCAUUGUGAAUAUCUGUGUCUCCACUGGUUAGUGAGAGAAGGAAGAGCAAUUGUAUUACUGGAUUUCUUGUAUUGCAUGGAAACUUGGCAAAAUGACAUGGGACUUCAUCCUGCUGUUGCUGUUGAUGGUUCUGUUGAAUCAGCAUUUUCUCAGUAUGGUCUAAAUCCCCAAUGACUACAUUGAGCCAGAUUCUCUUCAUACUUCCUGCCAAACUAUCAACAAUUUGCUUAGUUUUCAUUUUUAAAUUCUGGAUAAUGUUCUGAAUUGCGUUUUUUUUCUGAAGAGUUUUAUCAUGCAGUGAGAGAUGUUGGCAGCUUCAAGCCAUUAUCAUUCAGCACAUUUGAAAAUUUUUCAUGAGUUACUGUAAAUUGAAAUCUGUAAAAGCUAAAUGAGAAAAAUAUUGCAUUAUGUGUUUAUUUUUGACUAUUCAACAAAGCUGAUGGUUUCAGCCUAGUCACAUCCUAGGGUGCUACACUCCUAAAAGUGAAUAUGGACAUGUAAUUAAAUAUGUGACGUACUUGUAGUUGCCUAACAUCAGAAUAUUUUGAGGUGUCCUGCGUACACUUUUUGGACAGUAAUUCAAUGGACAUAUUCCUGCAGUGCAAAUUAUUGAACUGGAUAACUCCAAAUGUAUUCUUAUGGGGUAAAACUAUGGUAUUUUGUAAAACAAGUUAGUCAAAAUCAAUAUUAAUAGGUUUAUCUAUUGUGCAACAUUAUUAUUUAAAAACUGUGUAAACCACUUCAUUUUGGUGUGAUAAAUUUGUCUGUUCAAGGUAAUACUUAAGACUUGUCUGCAUGUAACCUGAGCCACAGUUUGGAUGACAGUUAGUCAAUGGAAACAAAACUAAAUGUUCAAUUUAUUUUUUAUUUCUAUCAAACAUGAUUAAGAUUGUAACUAAGACAUUUUGAAAUUGUAUCUAAGUAAUGAUAUGCAAUGUAAUUGUGAAUUUUAAAGUGAAGUGUAGAGAUAUUUUACUGGCUAUAACCAGCAUUCAGGGAUCCUUUUAGUUUAUUAUGCAGCUUUGGUUUGAAAAAAAUGCAAGGUACUUCUUACGCAUCUUAUCACAUACUAAAAAAUAUUUACUGUAAUUUUAAAAUAUUCUAGAACAGUGUUGAGUGAAUACUUGUAUGCUGUUAACAGGAUUAUUAAUUUUACCAUAACCAAUAAUAGAUAACUGAGAAAGAGGAAUAUCAUGCCACCUAAUUUGCAACCAGCAGAGUCUGCUGCUACAACUGUUGGCAAACUAAAGAAACUUGGUUGCAUUUUAGGGCUUUGCAUCAUGGAACGUUGAAUUUGUUUUGAAAUACCCUGAAAUUACUGAUGGGAGUGUUUUUCAUUAUUGUUCUUGAAUUCACAGCAAUUUAUUUAUUUGACAAACAAAUAGAAACAAUUUAUUCCAUGUAAUUCAAAAGAUGGAUUUGAAGGAUGUGUUGGAUGAGAAAGCACAAAUGUAAAAUUUUAAUCACUUGUCAUACACAGCUAUUUUUACUCAGAGAAUAUUUUAGUUAUCUAAACUUUUAUUUGAAAACUAU